GUGAAACAAACCAAAUACAUAUUUUGAAUAUAAAAAAGCACUGAUAAGUUUGUCUUUGUUAAGCUUUUUAUUAUUAUUAUUUACUUGUUUCUUUUGUAAUUUUAAAAUAAAAUGUAUAUUCAAUUCAGUAAUUAUAAAUUAAAUAAUACAAUAACAACUAGUCAUGUUUGUUUUGGUCGUGGUAAAAGUUAUUGUCUCAUUCAUAGAAGAUAUUUUGAAACAAGUUGGUGCCCAGAUUGCAGUCGCUCAAGUCGUUGCUAAAUAAAUAGAUAUGACAGACAGCACAUAUGAAGAAAAUAAAAUACUGAUAUAUUGUACAAGAAGCAAGCAAAUAACAAAAAAAAAGUAUAUCCCCACCCUAACCCUUCCUCCCCCCCCUUCUUUCUUCUUUUUACUGUAAAUUGUAAAUUAGUAGUUAUAUAGCAAAGAAAAAUACCAAUAUUUAAAAAUAUGCCCCUAUUCCAUUUUAUACAUUAUACAUUAGAUUUAGUUAGUAAUAAUAAUAAAGGAUUUUAAGAAUUCUAGAUGUU